AUGGCUCAGAUCGAUCUGAUGGAGGUGGCAGAGGCGACCGCUGUGGAGUCCGCGAUUCUAUGGCAGGUGCAAACUAUCCUCGAAGCUCUUCUACCCACCGGCGAGCUCGACGCUUGGCUUCAUGGAGUCGGCCUCGCCGGUGCCAUCGGGGAACUCAAGUCUGAGGUGGAGAGGAUGGAGACGGUGAUUAAUGGUGUCAAGGGGAGGGCGGUCGGGAACAAGCCGCUUGCCCGCUCCCUCGCUCGUGUCAAGGAGCUCAUGUAUGACGCCGACGACGUGGACACGUGGUGGAUGAGCUCGACUCUUGCUGGCUCCAGCAACAGGUCUAAGGAGGUAGCUGCUAUUGAGCAGGAAGGCAUGGUUGGAGAUGGAGCAGAGCAAGUAGAUGCAUCGGCCAAUACUGUUGAUACACAAGUAAGAACAUCAGGCUCUCAUCCUCGAAAGUUGUAUGGAAGGGACACAGAGAAAGACUAUAUCAUGAGGGUGAUCGAAGCUGCUAAGUCAGACAUCAUAACUUUAUUACCAAUUGUGGGCAUUGUAGGAGUUGGGAAGACGGCUUUAGCUAAACUUGUAUACAAUGAUCGACAUGUUAAACACCAAUUCGAGCAUAUAUGGGUUUGGGUGUCCAAUAUCUUUGACGAAGUAAGAGUGAUAAUUGAGAUCUUAGACGUUAUUACCCUAAACAGCCAUGAAGGAUCUCCUCGCACCAAAGAAAGCUAUGAAGGAGUAAGUAACUACACAAAGCUUCAAGAGGUCUUAAAGAAUCAUAUGGCCUGUCAGCCCAAAAAGUUUCUGCUUGUUCUAGAUGAUGUCAAUGACAGCAUGGAUGAUUCCCGAUGGAAAGAUCUGUUGGAUGCUUUGGUUGCACAAAGGCAGUGUUUCUUGUUUUGUUCUAUAUUUCCAAAUGGCUAUUUGUUCCAUAUUGAUGAUUUGGUUUACAUGUGGAUAUCGUCGGGAUUUGUGAAAUCUAUUGAGGUAGGACAAGAUUACCUCAAUGCUCUGGUUAACUCAGGUUUCCUUGAGCAUGUUGAAACAAAAGACUCCAUUCUACACCAUCAAAAGUACUAUGUUAUGUGUGGUAUUAUGCAUGAAUUUGCAAGACUGGUUUCAAGGGCUGAGUUUGCAACUAUGGAUGGUUUAGAGUGCAAAGAAGUUUUGUCAACCGUACGCCAUUUUUCAAUCCUAAUUGAUUCCGUGUACCAUGAAGAUGAAUGUGGGAUCAUACUUCAUAAUGGGAAGUUCGAAGAAAAAUUGAAGAGUAUAAUUUCUUUAGUGAGAGGAUUGAGGACAUUGAUCUUAAUUGGGGAUUAUGACUCUUUAUUCUUCCAGUCCUUCCAAACCUUCAUCUGUAGUUUGGUAAAUUGUGCCCAUCUUCGCUACCUAAAACUUGAGAACAAAUGGAGCAAUGAAGCUUUGCCUAUAUCUCUGAGCAAUUUUUACCAUCUUAAAGUAUUAGAUGCUAGACAACCAGUUAUUAUUGAUGGUAUGAGUGAUCAUGUUAGCAUAAGGAAACUUGUUCUAACGAAGGGAGCAUGCUGUGCUUGCUCCCCAUCAUGGUCUGCUUGCUUGCAGACGAUCCGUCUAGAGGAUCGUAAAGGAUGGGAAAUUCUCCCAUCUCUGGAAAGGCUAUCAUUUCUUACAAAGUUGAAGCUAAGGAAUAUGCUCAGAGUAACAGAAUUGUUAAUUCCUUCGUUGAAGGAGCUGGUCUUGAUUGAUAUGCCAAAGUUGGAAAGAUGUUUUCCCAAUUCAGUGAGGGACCUGAACUCAAGUUUGAGGGUACUGGAGAUCAGGAGAUGCUGGGUACUAAAGGCUUUUCCCCUCUUUGAGAGCUGUGAAAAAUUUGAAAUCGAGAAGUCAUGGUUGCCCAAUGUUAGCGAGCUCACCAUCCAUGGGUGUCUUCGUUUAAUGCGGCUGGGCAUCAUCGUGAGAACUGGUCAGCGGUGCUGUAAGGUGACUGAUUGCAAAGAGAUUGAAGAGGCAUGUCGCGCAGUGACAACGCUAGUGAACAUUCAAGUGAUUCCAACGCUAGUUACUAGGAGGAUGCACGUAGACAUGUCAAAAGUGCAUGAUAGGCCGCACAAGUACACACCUUUCUUUGAUGGCGCAAUAGGCGCUAUCGAUGGGACACACAUCAGGAUCAAUGUUGAUAAGGUGUUCCAUGAUGAUUACAUAAAUAGACACGGUUGGCCUAGCCAAAAUGUGGUUGCAGUUUGUGACUUUGAUGGGUGGGUUACAUUUCUUGGUGUUGGCAUGGCGGGGGCAGUGCAUGAUAUGAGGGUCCUUAGGGAAGCUUGGAUGAAACCCAGGUUCCGGCACCCACCUCUAGAUGUUUGA